CUCGAUUUGGUUUCGUGAAGGUCUGAGAUCCAGCGAAGCUAGCGGCGGGCCGUGUCAAGAUGGCGCUGGUGCUGCACGCUGGUAGUGGAAACAAGAAUGCAUUUAAGGCACUCAUCGUGGCUGAAUACAGUGGGGUCGAUGUUGACUUGGUCAAAGACUUUCAGAUGGGUGUCUCCAACAAGACUCCUCAGUUUCUCAACAUGAAUCCCAUUGGGAAGGUUCCUGUUCUUGAGACUCCUGAAGGUCCUCUUUUUGAGAGCAAUGCCAUUGCAAGAUACAUUGCUCGCAUGGAGGCUGACAACCCACUUUAUGGAUCUUCACUAAUUGAAUAUGCGCACAUCGAGCAGUGGAUUGACUUUUCUGCGACAGAGAUUGAUGUUAACAUUGGAAAAUGGCUGUACCCACGGCUAGGAUUUUAUCAAUAUGUUGCUGCGAGUGAGGAAGCAUAUGUUGCCGCCUUGAAGAGAGCAUUGGGUGCCCUCGAAACACACCUUGCAUCAAACACAUAUCUUGCUGGGGAUUCCGUAACUCUCGCCGACAUUGUGAUGUCAUGCAAUCUUUACCUUGGCUUUACUCAGAUAAUGACCAAGAGUUUUACAUCUGAGUUUCCUCACGUGGAGAGGUACUUCUGGACAAUGGUUAACCAGCCAAACAUCAAGAAGGUCAUGGGGGAUGUGAAGCAGGCAGAGUCUGUCCCACCAGUUCAGAAAAGGAAUGCGGCACCAAAGGAGAAAAAGCUCAAGGAAGUCAAGAAGGAGGAUCCAAAGCCAAAGCCAGUUGUGAAUGCAGAGGAGGAAGAGGAGGCGCCGAAACCAAAGCAAAAGAACCCUCUUGAUUUGCUUCCUGCAAGCAAGAUGAUCCUUGAUGAAUGGAAGAAGCUGUACUCUAACACCAAAACCAACUUCCGAGAGGUUGCUAUUAAAGGUUUCUGGGAUAUGUAUGACCCGGAGGGCUACUCCCUAUGGUUCUGUGACUUUAAGUACAACGAGGAGAACACUGUGUCCUUUGUGACAUUGAACAAGGUCGGUGGAUUCCUGCAGCGAAUGGACCUGUGCCGCAAAUACGCCUUUGGGAAGAUGCUUGUGAUUGGUACCGAGCCACCAUUCAAGGUCAAGGGACUUUGGCUCUUCCGUGGCCCUGAGAUCCCCCAGUUUGUCAUGGAAGAAUGUUACGACAUGGCCCUCUACGAGUGGAGAAAGGUUGAUAUCUCUGAUGCGGCACAGAAGGAGCGUGCCAGUGCCAUGAUCGAGGACCUGGAGCCAUUUGAGGGUGAGGCGUUGCUGGAUGCGAAAUGCUUCAAGUGAGCAAUGAGCUAUUUACUAUUUGGUCAUGAUAAAUAUUUCAAGAUUCUGGACUAAAGGAAAUCUGCAGUAUAUUAUUAGUUGAUACUACCUACCUUGAUGUACUAGUUAAUUAUAUGCGCUGCUACAAGUGUUCUAGUCAACAUCUUAAUUAGAAAGUAUUAAUGGGUUGCCUUUUGUGCAACACUAA